AAGUUACACACACUACGACGCACUACUUUUGACUGACUCUCACGGCAGUGAUUGUGCUCAUAUCUGAGUCUCUGAGCUUAUUCAUGUGUCCUCAGUGGUGCCAUUGCAGCCUUAACGGACGCGCGCGCACUCCAAUGUCAUGUCACCAUGAGCGCGCGCUGCUGAACGCGUAGUCGCUCAGAGGCUCUCCGGGUUUCUCUUAGCUUUACUCCCGGGAUCUGAGAACACAAUGGUGAACUCCAGUGUUGAUCCUUCAACUGCGGCGAUUCUAGACUUCCCGGAGAAUGUCAUGAACACAUCAGAGAUCACGGACGUUGCUUUGGCGAGAUGGAGCGCGUCGGAGGAUCCGGCGGUACCCGCGCGCGCGGUCGUGGCGUUCUGGGACUCGCCGUUAAGCCAUGGCAUGAACGUAGUGGUGGGCUUCAUCCUGUGUUUCACAAUGCUCGGGCUCGGCUGCACGGUGGAUCUCAGUCAUAUAGGCGAGCACGUGCGCAGGCCAGUCGGGGUUCUCCUUGCGGCCAUCUGUCAGUUCGCCAUCAUGCCGCUUGUGGCUUUCUUACUGGCGCUCGCCUUCUCUCUGGACGACGUGGCCGCCGUGGCGGUGCUGCUGUGCGGCUGCUGCCCGGGGGGCAAUCUGUCUAAUCUCAUGACCCUCCUGAUCAACGGCGAGAUGAACCUCAGUGUUAUAAUGACAAUCUCGUCCACGGUGCUGGCGCUGCUGCUCAUGCCCCUGUGCUUGUGGCUGUACAGUCGCGCGUGGAUCGACACGCCGGUGGUGCAGCUGCUGCCGUUGGGCGCCGUCACUCUCACCGUGUGCAGCACACUCAUCCCCAUCGGACUCGGGGUCGCCCUCAGGUCUCGGUACCCGCGCACCGCCGACAUAGUUCUCAAGGUGUCUCUGUGGUUGAUGCUCAUCACACUGGUGCUACUGUUCAUCAUGACAGGUGUGAUGUUGGGGCCCGAGUUGCUGGCGACCAUGCCUCCGGCCGUGUACGUAGUUGCCGUGCUGAUGCCGAUGUCGGGAUAUGCAGCAGGUUAUGGGCUGGCCAUGGCUUUCUCUCUUCCACCCAACAGCUGCCGCACCGUAUCGCUAGAGACGGGAUGCCAGAACGUCCAGCUCUGCACUGCCAUCCUGAAGCUGACCUUCCCGCCACAGCUCAUGGGGGCGAUGUACAUGUUUCCUCUGCUCUACGCGCUCUUCCAGGCAGCCGAAGCUGCCAUCAUCAUCCUGGUGUACCGCGCCUACAGAACCGAGGUGCUUGGCAAGCAGGACCUGAACGGAGAAGACGACGAUGACACCAACAUCACGUACAAGAGAAUGAAGGAGGAUGAGGAUGGUCCAUUUGACACUGCGUACGGUUCGGUAACCGUAAACAAUCCCAACUGCAUUGAGCUGGAGACUCAGGGAGGGGCAGGAAGCCCAACACCUCUGUAACAGACACACAAAACAACAGGACAUCACUGUGAACACAUGCUUGAACUUUGCAAUAUAUUGUGACAUUCCACGUUUUUACAGUAUGUCGAUCGCUCACCGCUGAAGUAUUAAAGCUGCACUGCAAAUCUGA